CUUCCGCCUUCCAACGCGGCGCAUUCAGUGAGGCAAGUGCAAGGUGCCUUACCUCAGGUAACUCGUUGACGACUUCCACUCGCUGCGGCUUUGCCUUUACACACCGAACUAUCUUCGGAACCCCCCCAGCCUUACCGCUUUUCUCUUCUACAUCGACUGGCGUGACCGUUCUACGACAUCUCCGCCAUUCGAACGCCUCGAUCCCUCAACCACGGCCCGAUACGAAGGUAGAAUCGUCCCGAUUGUGCACAACCGCAACCUUUGCGACACGCGAGCCAGACGUCGCACGCGACUUCGGACACAUAUACUUUAAGCAACGAUCACACUUCUUCACGAUGUCGCUUUGCCAGAACAGACUUCAAGAGGAGCGCAAGCAGUGGCGCAAGGACCACCCCUUUGGUUUCUUCGCGAAGCCUCAGCGUAAUGCGGCGACUGGAACCCUCGACCUGAAGGUCUGGGAGUGCGGUAUUCCUGGCAAGGAGAAGACGAUUUGGGAGGGCGGCCUGUUCAAGUUGACAAUCACAUUCCCCGAAGAGUACCCAACGAAGCCACCCAAGUGCAAAUUUGUCCCUCCGCUGUUCCAUCCCAACGUCUACCCCUCCGGCACUGUUUGCCUGUCGAUCUUGAACGAGGAGGAGGCGUGGAAGCCUGCCAUUACGGUGAAGCAGAUCCUGCUCGGCAUUCAGAACCUGCUCGACGAUCCCAACCCCGAGUCGCCCGCUCAGGCUGAGGCUUACAGUCUCUUCAAGAAGGACAAGGCGGAAUACGAGAAGCGCAUCAAGCGCGUUGUGAGAGAAAACCCGGCGCCUUAGGAGCAAAGGCAGCUAUGUGUGAAUAGAAUUACGAGAUCACAGCGUCAUGCCAAUAGGCAGGACUUCGGAGUUACGGGAAUACCAUACGGUCUGCUUCUCUGCUUUCGAUAUGUCAUAUGACAAUGCAAUAAUGAUAUUGUGAGGGAAGCAAACAGGGGGGGCAUUCAACCCACAACCCAGCUGUUGAUCUGUUGAAUAGGAUAUUUGCGUGCAAGAUGCAUCAAUUGAGUGCUU